AUGUUAAAGUUUAUCAAGAUGGACAUCACAACAUCGUGGUUGCAACUAUUUAUAAUAAUAUUUGUAUUACUCGUGUCGUCCAGUUCAUGUAGCAAACCGGACACGUUUCAGGAUACUUUGGGCUAUAUAAAAUCGCGCACAUCGCCAGAAAUUCAGGCAAAAGCAGCUAAAAAUGUCGCGGAAAGAUUAUUAGGUAAAGAAAUAUCUAAGUUGUUUAUUAUGAUACUGGAUAUCGAUUUGGGGCCUAUUGGCAAAGAUACUUUUAAGAUAACAAAAAAUCCUCUGAACGAAAUCGAAAUUCGCGGCACUUCCGGAGUGGCAAUCACAUGGGGUUUACAUUAUUACUUAAAGAAUUAUUGCAAUGUUCAUAUAUCAUGGGAUGGUAUACAAAUUGAGUUACCAAACACCCUGCCGGAAGUCCGAGUUAAAAUUAUAUCGAACGAUAGAUUCAGAUAUUAUCAGAACGUGUGCACAGUGGGUUACAGUUCAGCCUGGUGGCAGUGGCACCAAUGGGAAAAAAACAUUGAUUGGAUGGCUCUUAAUGGGAUUAAUCUUGCCCUUGCUUUUAGCGCGCAAGAAGCGAUCUGGCAAAGAUUAUAUCAAGAAUUGAAUCUGACAAAAGAGGAAAUCGACGAACACUUGGGUGGACCUGCUUUCUUACCUUGGGCAAGGAUGGGCAAUAUUCGUGGCUUUGGUGGACCAUUAUCAUCAAAUUGGCAUAAUUACACCAUACGUCUACAACACCAGAUUCUUCGGAGAAUGAGAGAGCUGGGAAUCGUCCCGGUACUACCGGCAUUCGCCGGCCAUGUGCCGCGAGCUUUUGCCAGACUUUUUCCAAAUGCUAAUAUGACGAAGAUCAAUCCGUGGAAUAAAUUCGAAGACAAAUAUUGCUGCCCUUAUUUGUUAGAACCGACGGAUCCAUUAUUUCGUGCUAUUGGAGAAAAAUUCCUUCGAAUGUACAUCGAUGAGUUUGGUACCGAUCAUAUUUAUAAUUGCGAUACUUUUAACGAAAAUGAACCCGGUAAUAGUGAGCUUACCUAUUUGAGAAACGUCGGGCAUUCGAUUUUCUCAGCCAUGAACGCAGUCGAUUCAAAAGCAAUAUGGUUAAUGCAAGCUUGGCUGUUCGUGCACGACAUCAUGUUUUGGACAAAGUCCAGAGUGAGAGCUUUCUUGACCUCAGUACCCACAGGACGAAUGUUGGUAUUAGAUCUACAGUCGGAACAAUUCCCACAAUAUGGUCGAUUGAGAUCCUAUUACGGUCAACCAUUUAUUUGGUGCAUGCUGCAUAACUUCGGCGGCACCUUGGGAAUGUUUGGUUCCGCGCAAAUUAUUAAUCAGCGCACAUUCGAGGGUAGAAACAUGAAUGACAGUACUAUGGUGGGAACCGGUCUGACACCCGAAGGUAUCAACCAAAACUAUGUAAUUUACGAAUUAAUGAACGAAAUGGCGUAUCGUCACAUGCCUGUUGACCUUGAUAAUUGGUUCGAAAGUUAUGCUACCCGAAGAUACGGUGCAUGGAACGAAUAUGCAGUAGCUGCUUGGCAACACCUUGGCAGAACAGUUUAUAAUUUUAUUGGCACGCAAAAAAUUAGAGGACAUUACGUUAUUACCAGACGACCAAGUUUAAAUAUUUCACCAUGGAUUUGUUUUGAUCGAAAAGAUUUCUAUGCUACGUGGAACAUGUUUCUAAAAGCGAGAUAUGGUAGAGGAAAUAAUACUCUCUACAGGCACGACGUAGUUGAUAUAACCAGACAAGCUCUCCAAUUAAUAGCUGACGAUAUUUACAUGACUAUAUUAGAUUGCUAUAAGAAAAAGAAUAUCACUGCCUUUCAAUCAUCCGCAAACGCUUUGUUAGAUCUUUUCGACGAUCUUGAAUCUAUUUUGGCAUCAGGAAAUAAUUUUUUGCUCGGCACCUGGUUAGCCCAGGCGAAAGAUAUCGCCGUCAAUGAGGAGGAAAGGCGAUCUUAUGAAUAUAAUGCAAGAAAUCAAAUUACCCUAUGGGGUCCAAAUGGUGAGAUCAGAGACUACGCGAACAAACAAUGGUCAGGAGUGGUGGCAGAUUACUUUAAGCUUAGAUGGGAGCUUUUCCUAAAAGCUCUUGAGAAAUCGUUGGUCCAAAGAACUGAGCCCAACAUCACCGAGAUUAAUAGCAGAAUAUUUCAUGAAGUCGAACGAUCUUUCACUUUUUCCACGAAGCUUUAUCCAAUAGAAACAAAAGGCGAUACUAUCGACAUAGCAAUGAAAAUAAUUUCCAAGUGGUACAAAGGAAAAUUAUCAUAAUCGUUAUUAUAAUAUUA